AUGCAACUCUCGCUCAUCCUGGUUGCCGCCCUGGCCGUCACGCUCGCCAGCGGGCAGGUACCGUGUGACCCGUCGGUCACCUGUCCCACGUUCAACUGUCACCCGCACGCCAGCUGCCCCUCGCGGGAUCCGCUUCACCCGGUGCUCCUACCGCACGUCGAUUGCUCCCGCUUCUACAAGUGCAGCAGUGGGAACGCGUGCGAGCACGUCUGCCCCACCGGUCUACACUUCAACGCGGCCGAACUGGCCUGCGACUGGCCAUCGCGUGCCUGCUGCAACCCGGCGCUUCCGUGCAAUCCGGACGAUGAGAUCGAAACCGACUGCAUACCGCACGCCAACUGUCCGGCCUCAGCCUCGCAAGCCGUGCUGCUGCCGCACUACGACUGCUCCAAGUUCUACAAAUGCUCCGGCCAGUUUGCCUGCCCGAUGGACUGUCCACCUGGACUGCACUUUAACCCGCGCCUGGAUGCGUGCGAUUGGCCCGAGCAGGCGUGCUGUGAUCCGUCCGUACCGUGCGAUCCGUGCAUUCCCGGAGUAACUUGCCCACCAACGGUAGGCCCCGGAACGCCCGCUCCGGUUACACCGACUCCCGCUCCGAUUACGCCGACUCCCGCUCCGGUUACGCCAACUCCCGCUCCGGUUACGCCGACUCCCGCUCCGAUUACCACCACUCCAGACCCGGGUGAUGUUCCUUGCGAUCCUUCGGUCACGUGCCCGCUGAACUGCAUCGCAGACGCACGCUGCCCGACGCGUGACGGCGUCAAUCCGGUGCUGCUGCCGAGCGUUAACUGCGCCAAGUUCUACAAGUGCCAGUCGGGACGGGCCUGCGAGUUCGACUGCCCGCCCGGGCUGCACUUCAACGAGAGCAAGAUGGUGUGCGACUGGCCGCAUCAGGCCUGCUGUGAUCCGACCAUCGAGUGUGUUCCGGGCUGCAUUCCCGGUGUUACCUGCCCUGCAAAGUGUCGUCGCUAUCUCACACGCGGAACCGUUAUGAAGCGAUCGUUGGUGCUGUUGGUGAUCGUCGUCGUCUUCGCGGCGAUCGUAAAGGCUGAUGUGGCCCAGUGGAACUGUAACCUGUGCCCGCAGGGAGCAUGUGCCAACGAUGCGCGGUGCCCCGCGGGGGACAAUCCAUUCGAUCCGACCAUGCUGCCGCACGUCAACUGCAACCAGUUCUACAAGUGUUCGCACGGCCAGGCCUGCGAGUACACGUGCCCGGCCGGACUGCACUGGAGUCAGGCGCUGAGACGCUGCGAAUGGCCCCAUGUGGCGUGCUGUGAUCCCUCUGUCGAGUGCGCUCCGGGUUGUCCGGGUGUGUGUCCACCGGUCACAACGGUCGCCCCACCAGUUACCGUGAGCCCCACAACGGCCCCUACCACGACCACGACCAGUACGACCACGACGACGACAACAACGACGGUGCUCCCGGAUGUUCCGUGCCCGGCGUGCCUCUGCACGGCGGAUGCACGCUGUCCGCUGCGGGACGAUCCGUUCAAUCCGACCCUGCUGCCGCACGAGUCCGACUGCACGCAGUUCUACAAAUGCUCGUUCGGCGAACGCUGUGCUAUGGUGUGCCAGCCGGGCGAACACUUCAGUGCGACGUUGCAACGCUGCGAGUGGCCACAGUACGCGUGCUGCGAUCCGACCGUCCCGUGCCAGCAGUUUCCCGAUCCGAGCGAUCCGUGCUGGCCAACGCCCUGCACCACCGUCAUACCGCCGGCGAGCUGUGUCCCCGACAAUGGCUGCCCGAUCACGGACGAUCCGAUGAACCCGCUCCUGCUGCCGGUCCCUGGCAACUGCGGCGCAUUCUACAAGUGCCACUUCGGCGAGGCGUGCCUCAUUUCGUGCCCGCCCGGGGAGCACUUCAGUCGGGCUCUGCAGCGCUGCGAACGGCCGGAGGUGGCGUGCUGCGAUACGACCGUCGUUUGCUGUGCCGCCUGCGUGUCCCAGCGGCGCCAGGAGCUGAACCGGCUGCUCGGCAUCAAGAGCUACGAAUGA